CUCAGUUGGAGGCUCCCAGCCAGAAGUUGUGGUUAAAUUCUAAAUAAAUAUUGGAGAAUAUUCCAACCUUUUUCCGGCCAACCUCAUUGGUUAUGUGUCUUCGGCUUUCUUUCGGCUGCUGUGGCUGCUCUUCUCCCAAGCCGGAAUCCAAGAAAAAGAAUUCCAAGCAAAAGCCAUGCAAGGACACCAAGCCGACCAAGGAGCAUUACUACAAAACUGAGAUCCAAAUGCAGGAAUUCACUCGUUCCCAAUACCAACUGGCCAACGACCAAAUGCCGGGCAAUAAUGGAUCGAUGGCAUCGCUGCCAAGCAUGAGCCCCAGCCUGAUCGCGCUGCCCCACAGGAUUCCAACGUCCACCACCCUCAGCUCGUGGGCCUGCGAGGAGGAGCUCUGCGACAUGGAGGAGUACGAUCAGCGUACGGCCACCAAGUGGACUGCCUGGUGGCUGCACGGUGCCACCUCCAGCGAUCAGAUACUGGCCGCCGCCAACUCCUCAAUAUUCUCUUAGUUUCCUAAGAGAAAUGAGAUCAUGAAAUAAAACAUUAAAGUUUUAUAUUGAAUUCAAAAAA